AUGCUACCGCCAAAGAGGAUUGCGACCCUCCUUCCUGGUCAACCUGAUUUUUAUGUACUUCCGCCUAAUUCACUCGAUGGAUGCACUUCUGCGUCUUUUUGCGGUCUUUCUUGGGCGCUCACGGUUCCAUCUCCAGGUGAACAAAACUACUGUAGAGGAGAGAACUUCAGGCUCCGUCUGUCAGUAUUAGAAAGAUCUCUCGCAACGCAACAACCACCCGAAUGGAGCUCCACGGAGGCGUCCCCACGUAGUGGGAUGCAAGAUGAGCCCCAAAAUGAGGUUCUUCCAGUUUACGUAGAGGAUAUGGAUGUCGAUUUGGGAAGAGGAAGUGUUGAUCGUGGGAGGGUCAGUCACCAAUGCUGCUCUCAGGUUACUGAACUAAAACAAACGAUUGAAUCUUUGAAUGGACAAAUUGAUGGUAUGAUGAAGGAGCUCCACCAGAUACGUGAGAUGUUUAAAGAAAAGAACAAUUAUUUCAAAGAAGCAUUUCAAUUGACAGGCGAAAAUCAGAGAAAGAUGUAUGGGCUGUUCAAAAGCAGGGAAGACCUAGAAGUAGUGAAGAAAAACCUUCGCCAUGUGAGCGUCGACGGAAAAACGCUAUCCCACAGGCAGAUAGCAGCGAUGACGAGCUUUCCAUGGCUUGCCUACCAUCGAGAUCCGACUAAACCCAAUGCUGACUUCCUCCGAUGCAACCUUUGCAACAGGGGCACUGGCACAGAAGUAUACAGUCCUACUCAAGAUCAUGCUAAUUGUGAGGUGUCUUCGAGAAGCGAUACAGGUGCUCUCCGAACGAAUGCAUUGGGAAAAGGUCCAGUAGUGUGCCUUCAUAGAUAUGCUGGACGAGAUCCAUCUCGGAGAAGUGGCAUUUACGUUCUGCUCAACAGAGUAAGGGCUCAUGAAUCUACAAUCGAGCAUGAUGCAAAUUUCCAGGAAUACAUCGGUGUGGCGAAAGAAGUAGAGUCUCGCGUGCCUUUCACUACGGAAGGUUUGGAUGACAAGCCCUAUGCAUUCAUGAUGAAGCGAAUGGUAGCGCUCUCGUCUGACGGAGCCUCUGUGAUGACAGGGUCUUCUGGUGGCGUUCAUAAGAAGUUGCAAGAUCUCAUUUUUCAAGAAACGCUGGACAGCGGACACGCAAGGCAGAGCUUUCUUCUUUCCGUGUGUGCUGCCCACAAGCUGGAUCUGGCAGUGAUGGGACAGAAAGGAGCUGCUUUCAAAUUGACUCAGACUCUUGUGUCGGAGUUGCACUCAUUGUUCACGUCGACGCGAGGCCGUAUUGCCUACUCUGUAGCUGCUAAGGAUAUGGGAUUCCACAAUUUGAAAAUGGAUGCCUUGUACACAGUGCGAUGGUCGGCUAGCAUACAGACGCUUUCAAAAAUACUUCGCGUGUACCCUGCCUUGAUCGAGGCCUCAGAAAGAUUAGCUAGAGACAGCUCCAUAUCCUCAACUAUGAGAGAGCGAGCUGAAACGGCAAAUUUCGUUUUGAACGAUGGGCGAAUAUUCAUCGUCCUACAUCAUGUUAAUGCAACGUUAUCUUAUCUUGCUAGGCUUUCCGAAGCCUUGCAGGAUGAAGAAGCUCUCCUGCAGUUUUGCUCUUUACCUGGAGCACGAGAUCCAUUCUUUGAAUUUUACAACUCUAUUGCUGAAGCGGUACGCGCAUUGGAUCAGUGGCCAGCCAAUCUUCGUCAAGAUAAAAACAGCAUCCGACUCUAUCAAACCCUUCUCAACAACGGCGAGGCGUUGAGGAUUCCUGAUCUCGUUCUUCAGGAUACAUCGCAACGGACCGAGUGUUCUACCGUUGAGCCGAAAAACUUAGUACGCCAAUGGAUGAACCCAGUUCCAGGUUUAGAGCUCAAAUCUCAUUUGCCUUCGUCAACUGAGAGACAAGGUAGUCUCAUGAAGGAAGUAAAGGAUGCCAUAGCUCAAGUUACACCUGCUCUUCAACCAGUCUUCUUUCCAACGGCGUAUAACACUUGA